UGUUGGAAGGAUCAGAUCCGUCCACCCUCGCAAAGCGAGUAACAGGAAAGAAAGGGAGAAAGAGAGCGCGCGCGCGAGAGAGAGCGAGAGGAGAUGUCGGGCGGGUCACGGCGGUCGGGGGCGUGCGUGAGGUGCUGUCUGGUGUUGUUCGCCAUCGCCUCCGCUCUCAGCGUCUCGGGCCCAGCUCUCUACUGGAGAUACAAGAAGCGCUUCUCCGGGAUUUCCUCCUACUCUUCUUCCUCCUGCGCGCCCUGCGUCUGCGACUGCCCCCCUCCCCUCUCCCUCCACAAGAUCACGCCUGGAUUAAUAAACCUCUCCAUUACAGAUUGUGGGAAACAUGAUCCAGAGCUGAAUAAGGAGAUGGAGAAGCAGUUUGUGGAUCUCCUCACAGAGGAGCUGAAGCUGCAGGAGGAUGUUGCUGAGGAGCAUACCUAUCACAUGAAUGCCACCCUUGUUGAAGCAAAGAGAUUGGCUUCCCAGUAUCAAAAAGAGGCUGAAAAGUGCAAUGCUGCAACAGAGACAUGUGAGGAGGCCAGAGAGCAGGCUGAGGCAGCCCUGGCAAAGGAGAAGAAGAUUACAGCACUCUGGGAGCGGCGGGCCCGUCAACUGGGCUGGCAAGAUGGAUGACUUAUAGUUUAGUAGGCUUUUCCCCUACUUGCUCUUUGUAGCCAUAGCAGGUGUUUCUUCAAUAGCGAUGAACAACUGUAAUGUCUAUCUAUAUUUUUGAUGAUGGACAGCACUAAGAGUGUCUGUAGUAUGUCCUCCUUUUGGCAAAAUGUAGAUGCAUGCCUUGGGUUAGUCGAUGUCAAAUCUAAUAUGCUGUAUAUAUUUGCUGCAACCAAAUUCUGCAGCCCUGGCUUAUUAUAUCUUGCUUGUCUCUGUUUCUGA